AUGCUCGAAGCAAAACUGAACGAAGCCGCGCUCCUCAAGCGUCUCCUAGACGCGGUGAAGGAGCUCGUGACGGACGCCAACUUUGACUGCAACGAAGAGGGCAUCACACUCCAGGCGAUGGACAACUCCCACGUCGCCCUCGUCGCCGUCAAGCUCAAGGCAGACGGCUUCCAAAAGUACCGCUGCGACCGCCCCAUCCCGCUCGGCGUGAACGUCGGGUCGCUCACAAAGGUCCUCAAGUGCGCCAAGGACGACGACAUCUGCACGCUCAAGGCCGCCGACGACGCCGACAUCCUCUCCCUCACCUACCAGGCCAAGAACGCGGACCGGAUCGCAGAGUACGAGAUGAAGCUGAUGGACAUCGACGCGGACACGCUCGGGAUCCCGGAUACCGAGUACGACGUGUCCGUGACGAUGCCGUCGGGCGAGUUCGCGCGCAUCGUGCGCGACCUGUCGCUCCUCGGCGAGUCCGUGCGCAUCGAGGUGUCCAAGGAGGGCAUCCGGUUCGUGUCCGACGGCGAGGCGGCGAACGGGAACAUCCUCAUGAAGCAGACU